AUGGCAGACCGAUUUCCCUCGUUAGAUGAGAUUGACGCCGGCCACACCGAAGCGCGCGGCGAAGCUACCAAUUUCGACCUUGUAGGCGACUCAAACGGCACCGAUGACUUCCUCUCACGCGAACGCGCGCUUCUCGGCGACGAUGCGGACCAGUUCGCUUCGGAAAAUGACAGAGUGGCUACUGUUGAGGAUGGAGACGAUGAUCUGCUAGGAGGAGACUUUAGCCAGGCCAAUGUUGGCAGUCAGGAAAUGGACGGCUUCGAGAGCUCUUUCCCCGCUAUCGAUACUACAAAUGAGCACAUGGCCCCCGGUGGCACCAUUACAGGAUCAACGCUUCCCUUCCUGCCUGGACAGCCGGCACCUUCCUUCACACCGCAGCGAUCAGACUCACCAGAGCCCGAGGUCAUCCGAGAAUGGCGCGAGCGGCGCGACCUCCAAAUCCAACAUCGCGAUGAAGUCUCCGCUGAGCGCAAGGAUAGGACUAUCAAGGAGGCACAACAGAACAUCGACGACUUUUACGAGAACUACAACAACAAGAAGGACAAGGAGAUUGCCAAGACACAAAAAGAGGCAGAAGAGUUUCUCGCAAACCGAGACGACACCACGGCCGGCGGAACCAGCUGGGAGCGAAUUGCUAAGCUGGUGGAUCUGAGUGGCAAGGGUACGAAAGGCGGAGCGUCCGGGAGCGAGAAGGCUCGGUUCCGGGAGCUACUGCUAAGCUUGAAGAAGGAUGAGAAGGCACCCGGUGCGACUGGCUACUAG